AUGGCCUCCCCAAACCUCCAACAUCGAUUCAAAGACAAUGUCACUACCACCAGCAGUACCGCAUCCACCACCACCAACCCCAUCUCCACCACUGCGGCUGCCAAGACUAGACAACAAAAGAAAAUGGCAAUGGCGAAGCAGGCUGUCCGGUCACUAAUGGUUGCACUAAUAGUCCCUUUUGUCCUAACCAUGAUUGUAAUAUUUUUCUUCGGUUCGGGUCAUCGAUACCGGACCCUAGCCAAGCCAUUUUGGUUCCCACCUCUUUGGCUAAUGCACCUAGCCUCAAUGGGUUCAUCAUUACUCAUGGGUUUAGCAGCUUGGCUGGUGUGGGCUGAAGGAGGAUUCCAUAGCCAACCCAAAGCAUUGCCUUUUUACAUUGCUCAAGUCUCCUUAAGCUUAGGUUGGGAUCCUCUUGUGCUUAAGAUGGGUGCAAUUCAUGUCGGAUUCGUAUCGUGUAUUGCGCAUUUUGGGGCUCUUGUUGCAUGUCGCCGGAGGUUCAAACUGGUGAACCCAAUUGCUGGAGAUCUUGUUAGGCCUUGUUUGGUUUGGAUGGCAUUCCUCAUUAUUGUUAAUUUCAAGCUUGUUUUCUUCUGAAGUGGGUAUUAUAUUAGUGAUAUUUUUUGAUUUGUUUUAUUCCUCAUAUACUGAUUAGAGGACGGAACGAUCGAAACGUUUUCGUUUCCAAAGAGAUCGAAAUGAAUCAGUGAUUGAAUCAAAAAAUAAUGCUUGAAAGUGUUUUGGGAUGUUUCGAGAUAUUUUCAAUAUGUGUUUAGCAGUUUG